AUGUUGAAGUCUCUACUCAAACCAUCUGGCAGUUGCUUUCAUAGACAGCUAUCGACUCUACUAGCCAAAGACGCCAAAAAUAUUAAGGUGCAUGACUUGACCCACCCAUCGGUCAACCAUGAUGAUCAAGAAGGGAGAAUCAAAUUAGUCAAUGCCAUCGCAAGUUCGUCAAACCCAAACAAAUCGGAAUUGUAUACUCAAUUGAUACCGACAUUUGGCACAUACUUCAAAUUAGCCCAGGGUGACAUACUGGAUGAAGAUUUAUUGAGACAUUUGAUCAAUAUCAACCCUGGAAGAGUGCUUGAUACUUUUGAUUUACUUGAGAAACAUCACAUUACUAAAACAAGUGAUGCGUUUAAAAAGGAUGUUUUGAGUAAGUUGGUGAAAGAGUAUACAAGCGAUGUGGACUACUCAGUGGAUCGUCUUCUCGAAUAUUUGAACAAGCAUUUUGAAUCUAUAGAGGAAUCACAUUUUAAAGAAUUGUUUGCAACUUUGCUUCAUCGCCAAGAUAUUUCCCAAUUGGAUUUGUUCAUUGCCAAUGUCAACAUAAACAGAGACACUUUAUUGAAGGAAGUAUUUGCAAACUACACUGAUCCAUUGGCCAAGUUUGCGUUGGUGAGAAGUUUCGAGAGGUGGUUUAAGGAACCCGAGUCAAUAGAGCCAUGGAUAUAUGCCGUUAUUCUUGACCUUUUGAACUUUCAGUCCAAGCAAGUUGUGCCCACUCAUCACAAAGCUGGUAUCGAGUUGGACAUUGGACAAUUGAAUCAAAGAAUUAUCAAUUACAUCAAUGGUUCAAGAAUUGACUUACAAGAUAAGAACUUGGUCCUCAGAAAAAUGUUGGUUGAAACCUGGGGCAUCUCCCAAAACGAUAUUGGUGAAGCAUUACAGGUGUUUCAAAAGUAUGAGACAUUCGCCAAGUAUGGCAUUUCUAAUGUGCAAAUUUCCAUGGUAAAGGCAAUCUCGUACCAAGCAAUCAAACAAGAUAAGGAAAUUUUCAAAACAAUGGCAGAAACAAUGAUACCACCUGACUUGACGAUUCAGUUGUUGCAAAUACUCAUCACCCUCAAGUCUUAUUUCAAUCCCAAUGAAGGUUUGGCACUAUACAAUGACUACAUCGGUGCAGUUUCGGCAGUGGUCAAGGAUGGAUCAUCUCAAAAGGGUCUACUUACGCAAUCCAUAAUCCUAGGCUUUCUUAUGAACAAUGAUCGCGAGUUUGCAUCUCUUUUGUUUGACAAGGCUAUCGAAAAUAGAAUCAUUACGGAUCAAUUGGAAAUUGCUACGAUAAAGAAAUCAUUGAAAAUGUACAGUGAUUGCUUUGUCGAAGAUGAAAAUUGGGACGCUGGUGCUAGAGAAAAAAUGAAGGACGAGAUUUUGAGUUACAUUGAAAGUAUUGGGGCGCUACAGGUGAAGUUAUUGGCAUCGAUUGAAGGUGGAUUGUGA